AUGUACUUCAAGGUCCCUGCCAGUGAAGACAGAAUGGAAACUUUGCUACAACAGCUGACCCGUGGUAAUGCUCUGUUCCUCAUCAUUAUUUUGGGAAUUGGAGGAACCUUUCAAACUGGCUACCACAGUACUGGAUUGAGUUCUCCCUCACCGUACAUCCGGCGCUUCAUCAACAGCAGCUGGUACGACAGAUAUGAAGAGACCCCAUCUCCUCAGACGAUCACGAUGAUCUGGUCCCUUAUUGUUUCCAUGUAUGCUGCCGGGGGACUCUUUGGUGCAGUCAGUGUCAAAUUGGUCUCUGGCAUGCUGGGAAGAAAAAAGGUGAUGAUCUGCAACAGCUUUAUUGCCAUUGUUGCAGCAGGGAUCAUGCUGACAAGUAAAGGUGCCAAAUCAUAUGAAAUGAUUAUCGUGGCAAGGAUCCUGUAUGGCUACUCGGCAGGUUUGGGAGGCAGCAUCCAUUUGAUGUACCUGGGAGAGAUUUCACCCAGAAAGAUAAGAGGGACUGUGACUCUGACCUCAGCAACCUUUGUGUCACUUGGUAAACUGUUUGGACAGAUUUUUGGACUGAGUGAGAUACUUGGUCACGAAGAGCUGUGGAACAUCGUACUCUGUGUCCCUGCAUUUUUUUCAGUGGUUCAGAUUAUAGUGUUGCCUUUUCUCCCUGAGGCUCCCAGAUACUUAUUCUUAGAGAAAGGUGAUGAUAAGGCUUGCAAAAAAGCUCUCCAGAGUCUUUGGGGCCAAGGUGACUACAAACAGGAAAUGGAUGAGAUGUUGGCUGAGCAGGCGGCCAUUGAGGCAGCCCCAUCAAAAAGCCCUCUGCAGCUGCUGAGGGACAGGACUGUCCGAUGGCAGCUUCUCACCAUGUCCAUCAUCUACUGCUGCAACCAGCUGUCGGGCAUAACUGCGAUCAGUACCUUCUCUUUUGACAUCUUCCUGGCGGCAGGUGUACCGAGAGACAAGAUUCGCUAUGUUACUCUUGGUCUUGGAAUAUCUGAAAUGAUCACCUACAUCUCCUGUGGGCUGCUGAUUGAGCACACAGGGAGGAGGCCAUUGAUCUGGGGGGGUUAUGGUUUCAUGUCUGCUUGCUGGGUGUUGGUCACUAUCACGCUCAACCUGAAGGAUUCCAGCUACUGGGUUCCGUACAUUUCGGCUAGUUUGAUCAUCCUCUCCACCAUCUUCUUUAGCGGAGGACCUGGGGGAGCCACACAUACUGUCUACAGUGAGAUCUUCAACCAGUCCAAUCGACUGGCAGCGUUUGUCCUCAUUGGGACCCAGCGCUGGUUGUUUUCCGCUGUGAUGGGCCUGGUCUUUCCAUUUCUUAUUAAUGCCUCAUACUGCUUUGUGCUGUUCGCCUGUAUGUGCCUGCUGGCUAGUCUUUACACCUUCUUCAUCCUGCCUGAGACUAAAGGGAAAACCCUGCUGGAGAUCUCAGAGGAGUUUAAAGCCAUCACUGUCUGUGGGAAAUCCUUCUUAGAGGAAAAGAGAGUGGAGACCAAGUUAUGAUGCAGUCCAGAUACAGUAGACUGUUGUUUCAAACAGACAGAGGAAUAAUGAAUGACUCUGUGUGACCUUAAAGGUCCAGUGUGUAACGUGUUUAGAUGUUCAUUAUCAAAAUCGGUGUUGCCCGUUCACAAACUUGUCCUUUUUCAUGAAUAUUUACCGCCACCAUAAAUUCCAAGUAUUCCUAUUGGCUUGAAAUUUUACAUUUGCGUUUGCAUGAACUAGGGUAGACGCUCCAUAUUCAUGCACCAUCUUGAAAUCACUGUCUGUGGCUCAUCAUACAAUUGUAACAGUACUGAUGAAAAAGUAAAUCUUUUUGAUUAUUUCUACUUUUCCCACGCACCUCAAGCUGAGUUAAAGCAGGCCAGGAAAUUAAUCUCUACACAACCACAACCAAUCACAAUCAUAAAUUAACUAUUAAAGUGUUUUUACUCAAUCUUAUUGAUAUUUCUGUAAUUCUUAUUUAAACUUGCAAAAAGAGAGAACCCUCUAGAUCACUGCAACUGUGCUGUCACAUAGGGCACCCACACCUGAUAAAACUGCACCUGCAGCUGCAAUAUGUUUGUCAGCAGUUUCCUUCCUUCCUGCUCUCCAGCAAUAAAUCAUUCACUGUU